AUGGCAACGGGAUAUAUUCAAUCGGUCUUUAGUUGGACUUCAAGCGACCAGCGAACCAAGACCUAUAAGCCUCUUCCCUCUAAUGAGAAACCAUUUGUCAAUGAGCCGUCCAUCAUCCGUUGUGCCUCGUCCAAUAUCAUCGAUGAGGGUGCCUCUCGGAUCUUCAACUGUCUGCCUUCUCUCAAAUAUCGAAUACGCUCGUUAUUAGUCGCUCUGAUAGCUUUGCAGGCCUUGGAUUUACAACAGAUAACAAUCGUUUAUUAUGCCCGUCUCAUCUUCAAGGGUCUCCUCCAGGAGGAUCCAGGUACCGAGGAACUGCCUAACACUUAUUCUGCCCAUGGUUUCCCAUUUGAAUCCCCCUACGGUCACCUCUGGCUCGAGUUGAAGAAGGAUAUUGUUAAGCGCAAGUUAUGGGAAGAUGCCGUUCAGCACAAGAUAAACAUCCUGACCAACCUAAUCAUAAAUAGUUGGGCCAAGCCCGAGUAA